UAAUGAUGAAUCUAAGCUUUAGUUUAAGUAAAAAAGCCCUUGGGUUCAAUUUCUCUAAGAAUCCUUUAAUGGCUGUCAAUCGAGCCUUCAACUUCAAUACAGCUCGCAACUCGUCGAGCUUAAUCUCAUGGAUUCCGAUCGGUAAGAUCCAGCAAACAGUAGCUAAUUCUGUACAACUCACCGGAAUCGGUCUUCAUUCCGGCAAGCUUUCUACCGUCACAAUCUUACCGGAGUUUGCAGGAAUGGGUAGGUACUUCAAAUUCCGUUCAAAUGUCAUUCCUGCAUCUACUGAUUACGUCAAGGAGUCUCCAUUGUGUACUACAUUGUGUAAAGAUGGACAUUCUAUUAAUACCGUUGAACACUUGCUUUCUGCUUUGGAGGCUACCGGCGUUGAUAAUUGCAGUGUGCAAAUCGAAACCUCUAAUACUCACGAUUCAUCAAUUGAGGUUCCUAUUCUGGAUGGAUCAGCAAGAGAAUGGGUGGACGCAAUUGAAGAAGCUGGGCUGAAAGCAGCAUUAGAUCGUAGCGGUAAUAGCUGUGAGAAAUUAGCUCCUGUUCUUAGAGAACCUGUUACUGUAUGGAAAAAUGAUUCUUUUAUAGCUGCAUUCCCUUAUUCAGAGGUCAAGAUUACCUAUGGCAUCGACUUUCCACAGGCACCCGAAAUUGGCUGUCAGUGGUUCUCUUCAACCUGUCUGGAUAAAGAUUUCUUUGCCAAAGAACUAGCUUCUGCAAGAACCUUUUGCAUUUAUGAGCAGGUUGAACAAUUACGCAAAUCAGGAGUUAUCAAGGGGGGUUCCGCCAAAAACGCUAUUGUUUGUAGUGAAAGUAGAGGCUGGCUGAAUCCACCGCUGCGUUUUAGUGAUGAACCUUGCAGACACAAGGUUUUAGAUCUUAUAGGUGAUCUUUCUCUUUUUGCGCACGGUGGUAACCAAGGGCUUCCCGUGGCACACAUUAUUGUUUAUAAGGGUGGACAUGCUCUGCAUGCAAAUUUCGCUCGCCGCUUAUCGGGAAUCAACUGAGCUAGAUUUGGUUCUCAAUGUAUUGUUCUUCUUCGAGUCCUGCAACUCGUUGGCUAUUUGUGAACCUGAGUUACUUGACCCAAGUUUUGGCAACUAGGAUGCUAAUGGACUUUGGCAAAAGGACUUAUGAAUCGAUGUUCGAGAUGUUCUAUCCUUCACUGUCAUUACCUCCAUGUGGAUUGCCUCGUGAAAUAGCCAUUGAACUUUUCCAGACAUCUGUAAUUCGUGGUCUAAUUAGACAACAUCUUGCUUCGAGAAAAAAGAGCUGAUUGUUGGAAAUCUUAUUUUUCCAAACACUGAUUGUAUGGGUGAUGUCUAGAAAAAGAGCUGAUUUAUUUUAUUAUUAAGCUUUUGCUAGGAAGGAUAGG